AUGAGUUUAAUACUUCAAUUGCACAAACCAAUUCUGAGAGAUCAGAAAGAGAAAGCGGUGGGAGAAAAACUACUCCAUAUCUCAUGUUCACGAUUGCCUCAGCAAAUUACUCACCCAUUUGACCAAAACCAUAUCCUUUCUCUAUUCCCAAAACCUGUAUACCCAGAAGGAUUAUUCAACUGUGAUGCAUGUGGGAAGGAAGGUAAUAGCUUUUCCUACCAUUGUGGAUUGUGCAACAUCGAUCUCCAUACUACUUGUGCUUCCAUGCCAUUAAUGCUUAGUCACCAAUCCCACUAUCACCAGCUCAAUCUCACAUUCUCAUCUCCUGAUUAUAACAAAAGCUUCUCAUGCGAUAUAUGUAUGGAGCAGCUGGGGGUCAAACAGUGGCACUAUCGAUGUAGCUUGUGUGAUUUUGAUGCUCAUUGGGGCUGUACUAAAGCAAAUCCAAGACCUCCUCCAACCCAAAAUUGCAUAGUUCCAGCUAGUCCUCAUUAUCAGGUUCUUGGAAAUCAAUCACAAACAGGACCUCUCAUGCAAAACUAUAUGGCUCCAAGAGCUGGUCCUCAGUUUCAAACAAGGCAUCCUGUGCAAAAUCAUGUGAACUAUGCCCACCAGGGUUCCUAUGGAUCUGUUGGGACUACUGGAAGUAGGCAAAGAAAUGGUAUGCUGAACCAGGCAAUUAAAGGAAUUUCAGAGAGUUUAGGCCAGACAUUGGUGCAAGGACUACUAGGUGCCGGCGAUGGCAGCAAUGGUGUUAUGAAUACUUCUGGAGGCGAUGGUAGUGCUAGUGAGGGUGGUAUAUUUUGGGGAUCCACAGACAAUUCUGGUGGAAUAGAUGACUAUCAAGAUUAUUCUAGAUUUUAA